GAUGCUCCUGGGAGACCCCUGCCAUUGCUGUACAUGCUGGGCCUCGACGACCCUCCUACUUGGCGAGCGGCUGUUUUUCUGCUGAAGGCUCGGGCCGGCGGCUUUAUGAUUGCUGCCCCACACUUGGAAGGUAUCAUCAGCUUCUUUGCCGCCAUUUCGGAAGAAGCCGAAGGCCAGGUCGAUGGUCCACUGCCGGUUGUUUGGAAGGUCGUGUCAGUGGCUUGCGAGACAAGCCGUCGGCGGAGGGUUGGCGAAGUGUCCAUGGUGCUGGCAGACCUAAGCUGGGCGCAUCUUGUCUACUUCAGGCGAGCCACGGCAUCGCGACCACCUGCUGGAGCCGCCUUGCUGGCUUUGACUCACGAGGAAACAGCUGUCCGCCCCAUGCCAGGGCCAGCCAGGGAGGCUGCCGACGAAUGGGUGACGGAGCAAUUGAGCGACGCCACCUUUUUAGAAUACGCUACAGCAGAGGAACUUCAAGAAGACUUUCUCGAGGAUGCCGAGCCUCCCGAAGAGGAAGAUACUGUGGAGUCUCUCCGUGCACGCAUCCGGCAGAUGGAGUCCGCACAGGGUGCGAUGAGGGCCCCACAGCCCCCAUCACACGGCCCGCGGCAGACACGACCUUUGCUGGAAGCAGUGCCGGAGGCUGGAGCGACUUUGUCGGCGGAGGACUGGCAAAAGCUGCGAGCCGUGGCAGGCUCACCGCCGACACGUCUUGCAGGGCACGAGCGAGCUCCUCGGGCAACAGCGGCGGACAACGCCCUGGCCGAAGAGGAGCUGGAAGUCAGCGAGAUGGCACCUGCCACUUCGACAGAUGGGGAUCCCAUCACGGCAGCUGUGUCUUCUGGAAGCGGCGGGGACAACGUGCCAGGCAGUUCUUACGUGACCAAAGGCAUUGCGGCAAGGGAGGCUUUUCUGAACGUCUUCGAUCAUCCUGCGGAGUUUGCCGAAGGGGUGGCGCGGAGAGCUCAGCAAGAGCUUGGGCUCAGCACCCAAGAACCUGGACUGAUGCGCAUGUACGCCGAACGCAAGAUACCAAUGAAGGAGCUGAAGACGGUGCAAAUCUUCACCCAUUUUCUGGCUCACCAGUGGGAGGCCUACGUGGACUACUUGGAGAGCCGGAUGAAGCAGAGCCGCCCUUCAGGUCACCAGGACGCGCCGCCCGACAAGAGCGACGACCCGGAGGACAAGCAACCCAACAAGCCCAGAAGGCCACCCAGACGGGCCAAGGCCAUAGCAGACAAGCCGGGAGACAAGUCGGAGAAGUGA